AUGCAUGCAGGAAAUAAAACUUCAGAGAAUCAAACAUCAAGCACAUAUUUCAUCCUUACUGGACUUUUUGAUAAAAGUAAAUAUGCAGUCUCUCUCUAUACUCUAAUAUUUAUCUUUUUCUUGAUGGCUCUUACUGAGAAUGUCCUUCUUAUUGUCCUGAUUCACCGGGAGCCUCGUCUUCAUACCCCCAUGUAUUUCUUUAUCAAUCAGCUUUCCCUCAUGGACCUCAUGUACAUUUGUGUGACUGUGCCCAAGAUGCUUGUCAGUCAGGUCACAGGAGAUAAUACAAUUUCUCCCUUAGGAUGUGGAGUUCAGAUGUUCUCCCACCUAACCCUUGCUGGAGCUGAGUUUUCUCUUCUGGCUGCCAUGGCCUAUGAUCGAUAUGCUGCCAUAUGUAGACCUCUCCACUAUCAACUGCUUAUGAAGCCAAGAUUCUGCCAAAUACUUGCAUCUGGAUGCUGGUUCCUGGGCAUGUUUGAUGGUCUUGUGUUUGCUCCUAUGACCAUGAGCUUCCCUUAUUGUCACUCAAGGAAAAUCCUGAACUUCUUUUGUGAGGCUCCUGCAUUGCUGAAGCUCUCCUGCUCUGAUACCACCCUCUAUGAGAUGCUAAUGUACCUGUGCUGUGUUCUUAUGCUCCUUAUUCCUAUAACUAUAAUCUCCACCUCCUAUGCUCUUAUCCUGCAUCUUAUCCACAGGAUGAAUUCAGCUGAAGGUCGCAAGAAGGCCUUUGCUACAUGCUCUUCCCACCUUCUAGUAGUACUGCUCUUUUUUGGCACAUCCAUCUAUAAUUAUAUGCUCCCCCGCCCCUACCACACUGCUGAGCAAGACAUAAGGGUGUCUGCCUUUUACACAAUCAUCACACCAGUGCUGAACCCUCUAAUUUACAGCCUCAGGAACAAAGAUAUCAUAGGGGCUUUAAAGAACAUUUUGCCACUAGAGAAAAGAGUAAGAAAAAUUGCAAAUGGGAAAAAUUAG